UUGUUUACUUGCGGUCAGAUGACUUAAGUCACCGUGUGUUAUCUAACUGCAACGAAACACGAUCCAUCGGCCGCGUGAACUCACGCGCACCUUCGUUCCAAAUCGAGAUCUGUCGGGAUCGCUUCCACGUAGACUCUUGUAUUUACUCGUGAAUUAUGACACUCGAUAAGCGAGGGUACACUAAUGAGAUUCUUUUCCAAUAAGUAAACGACUGUGUUCAAAAUGUUACCGUCGGUCGUGUCAGUUAUCUCGUGUUUACUGUAACGUACGAAAUACUAGACUGAAUUUACCGUUGCAGAAGAAAGUUACGCAGAGGAACGCAAAUAGUUAUGCGAGAUCGUGGGAGUGACCACAUGUCGGCUUCAUAAUGGUCAUCGUUACCAGAGGUGAUUACAUAUGGAUCGAGCCGGUAUCUGGGCGGGAGUUCGAUGUGGCGAUCGGGGCGCGGGUGCUGGCGGCGGAGGGUCGACGGAUCCGGGUACGCGACGACGACGGUCAGGAGCAAUGGCUGCCGCCGGAGAGACGCAUCAAGGCGAUGCACGCCACCUCGGUGCAUGGUGUCGAGGACAUGAUCUCUCUGGGAGACCUCCACGAAGCCGGCAUACUCAGGAAUCUUCUCAUACGUUAUAACGAAAAUCUUAUUUAUACUUAUACGGGUUCAAUAUUGGUGGCGGUGAAUCCUUACCAAAUACUACCAAUAUAUACUGCAGACCAAAUAAAGUUGUACAAAGAGAGGAAAAUAGGAGAACUGCCGCCGCAUAUAUUUGCGAUAGGCGACAAUGCGUAUGCACAUAUGCGUCGCUACGGUCAGGAUCAGUGCAUCGUCAUAAGCGGAGAGUCUGGUGCCGGGAAGACGGAGUCCACAAAGCUCAUACUGCAAUAUCUCGCCGCGAUCAGCGGGAAGCACUCAUGGAUAGAACAGCAAAUUUUAGAAGCGAAUCCAAUCCUGGAAGCGUUUGGUAAUGCAAAAACCGUAAGAAAUGAUAACUCAUCAAGAUUUGGCAAAUACAUAGAUAUACAUUUUAAUAGCGGUGGAGUUAUAGAAGGUGCUAAAAUAGAACAAUAUUUAUUAGAAAAAUCUAGAAUCGUCUCUCAGAGUUCGGAAGAGAGAAACUAUCAUGUAUUUUAUUGUUUACUCGCCGGACUUUCCAAAGAUGAGAAAAAGAAGCUCGAGUUGGGUGAACCGACGGAAUACAGAUAUUUAUCUGCAGGAGGCAGUUUCACCUGCGAAGGAAGGGAUGAUGCUGCAGAAUUCGCAGAUAUUAGAUCAGCUAUGAAAGUCUUAUUAUUCACAGAACCAGAGAUAUGGGAAAUAUUAAAAUUGUUAGCAGCUGUUCUUCAUUGCGGUAACAUAAAAUAUGAAGCAACAGUUGUUGACAAUUUAGACGCAACAGAAAUCAUAGAACAAGCGAACGUAAAAAGAGUAGCAAAUCUCUUAGGGGUACCGACACAGUCUCUGAUCGAUGCACUUACCAGGAAGACGCUUUUUGCACACGGAGAAACAGUCGUAUCGACUCUAAGUAAAACACAAUCUGUUGAUAUUAGAGACGCUUUCGUGAAAGGUAUUUACGGGCGACUUUUUGUCACUAUCGUCAAAAAGAUUAACGCCGCCAUUUACAAACCGAAAUCAACUACGAGGACUGCGAUUGGUGUUUUGGAUAUAUUCGGUUUUGAAAAUUUCGAUCACAAUAGUUUUGAGCAAUUUUGCAUCAAUUUUGCGAAUGAAAAUCUUCAACAGUUUUUCGUACGCCAUAUCUUUAAAUUGGAGCAAGAGGAAUACAAUCAUGAAGGAAUAAACUGGCAGCACAUCGAGUUUGUUGACAAUCAAGAUGCCUUAGAUUUAAUUGCGUUAAAACAAUUGAACAUCAUGGCUCUGAUCGACGAAGAGUCUAAAUUCCCCAAAGGAACUGAUCAAACUAUGUUAGCAAAGCUACACAAGACUCACGGUCUACACAGAAAUUAUCUCAAACCAAAGUCGGACAUUAAUACUAGUUUUGGAUUAAAUCAUUUUGCUGGUAUCGUGUUCUACGAUACUCGUGGAUUCCUCGAGAAAAACCGAGACACCUUCAGCGCUGACUUACUUCAAUUAAUCCAUAUAUCGACGAAUAAAUUCCUGAAACAGAUUUUCCAAGAAGAUAUCAUUAUGGGAUCGGAAACUCGUAAAAGGGCUCCUACUCUGUCGACCCAAUUCAAAAAAUCUCUCGACUUACUAAUGCGGACGUUAGGUACUUGUCAGCCAUUCUUCAUAAGGUGCAUAAAACCAAACGAGUUCAAGAAACCGAUGAUGUUUGACCGCGGUCUUUGCUGCCGUCAACUUCGGUAUUCUGGCAUGAUGGAGACAAUCCGAAUCAGGAGAGCGGGUUAUCCAAUUCGGCACAGUUUUAAAGAAUUUGUGGAGCGGUACCGAUUUUUAAUAUCAGGAGUUCCCCCAGCACAUAAAACGGACUGCCGUGCUGCAACCGCAAAGAUUUGUGCCACCGUUCUCGGCAAAUCUGAUUACCAACUAGGCCAUACCAAAGUAUUCUUGAAGGAUGCACAUGAUUUAUUCCUCGAACAGGAAAGAGAUAGAGUGCUCACUAGAAAGAUUUUAAUUCUGCAAAGAUCCAUAAGGGGUUGGGUAUAUCGGAGACGGUUCUUGAAGAUGAGAGCUGCUGCUGUUCUGAUACAGCGUCACUGGCGCGGGAAGUUGCAGAGAAUACGAUAUAAUAAGAUGAAAGUUGGGUACGCGAGACUGCAGGCGUUAAUUCGAGCUAGGGUUUUGGCACAUCGGUUCAGACAUUUGCGAGGUCAUAUUGUAUCAUUACAAGCAGCUGCCCGUGGAUACUUAGUCCGUCGGUCGUACGGGCACAAGAUGUGGGCGAUUGUGAAGAUCCAAAGCCACGUGCGGCGGCUGAUCGCGAUGCGACGCUACAAGAGGAUCAAGCAGGAGACCAUCGCGCACAACGAGGCGCUGCGCCUGCGCAAGCAGGAGGAGCAGAGACUGCAGCACCAGGGCAACACCCGCGCCAAAGAGAUCGCUGAGCAGAAUUAUAGGGAGCGAAUGUAUGAGCUAGAGAGGCGUGAAGCUGAAUUGGCAUUAGAGGAGAAACGACAACUGGAAGCUAAGAGGACGCUCCUACAAGAGGCGGCGAGGAAACAGGACGAGCCGGUUGACGACAGCAAGCUAGUGGAGGCAAUGUUCGACUUCCUGCCUGAUUCCAGCAGUGAAGCACCGGCACCCAAGGACACGUCAGUGUUCAGUGACUUGCCGCAGCAAAGAGCCGACCAACAAGAGAUGGUAACCCCAAUGCAGACAACAUCCGAGGACGAGGAGGAUCUGUCCGAGUUUAAGUUCCAAAAAUUCGCAGCAACGUACUUCCAAGGCAACGUAACUCACCAAUACUCGAGGAAACCUCUCAAACAUCCGCUGCUGCCGCUGCACACACAAGGCGAUCAAUUGGCUGCACAAGCGUUAUGGGUGACCAUACUUCGCUUCACUGGAGACCUCGCAGAACCACGUUACCAUACAAUGGACAGAGACAAUACUUCUGUUAUGUCCAAAGUCACAGCAACCCUCGGAAGAAACUUCAUACGCUCCAAGGAAUUCCAAGAAGCUCAAAUGAUGGGCGUCGACCCUGAUGCUUAUUUGAACAAGCAGAAACCAAGAUCUAUCAGGCACAAGCUGGUUUCACUGACAUUGAAAAGAAAGAAUAAACUUGGAGAAGACGUUAGAAGAAAACUUCAGGACGAAGAAUACACGGCGGACAGUUAUCAGUCUUGGCUUGAAUCGCGACCUACAUCUAAUUUAGAGAAACUUCAUUUCAUAAUCGGUCACGGUAUACUCCGUGCGGAACUCAGAGAUGAAAUAUACUGUCAAAUAUGCAAACAGCUGACUAACAAUCCAUCUAAAUCUUCACAUGCCCGAGGAUGGAUCUUAUUGUCUUUAUGUGUCGGUUGCUUUGCACCUAGUGAGAAAUUUGUGAAUUACCUGAGGGCAUUCAUCAGAGAAGGACCGCCUGGUUACGCCCCGUACUGCGAAGACAGGCUUAAGAGAACAUUUAACAACGGCACCAGGAACCAACCUCCUUCUUGGUUAGAAUUACAAGCAACUAAAUCAAAGAAACCUAUUAUGCUGCCAAUAACAUUUAUGGACGGAAAUACGAAAACGUUAUUAGCUGACUCCGCGACCACUGCGAGAGAGCUUUGCAAUCAGUUGUCUGAUAAAAUUGGAUUACGGGAUCAAUUCGGUUUCUCUUUAUACAUUGCUCUGUUCGAUAAGGUCAGUUCUCUCGGCAGCGGCGGAGACCAUGUAAUGGAUGCUAUAUCACAAUGUGAACAAUAUGCCAAAGAACAAGGUGCGCAAGAGAGAAAUGCGCCUUGGAGAUUAUUCUUUAGAAAAGAAAUAUUUGCUCCAUGGCACGAUCCUACCGAAGAUCAGGUAGCCACUAACCUUAUUUAUCAACAAGUUGUAAGAGGUGUUAAAUUUGGUGAAUACAGAUGUGACAAAGAAGAAGAUCUAGCAAUGAUUGCAGCUCAACAGUACUACAUUGAAUACGGUCAGGAUAUGAACACGGAACGUUUGUUCACAUUGCUGCCUAACUACAUUCCUGAUUACUGUUUAACGGGAGUCGAGAAAGCAGUCGAUAGAUGGGGAGCCUUGGUGGUACAAGCUUACAAAAAGAGUUAUUACGUUAAAGAGAAAGUUGCAGCUUAUAGAGUAAAGGAGGAUGUAGUUAGUUACGCAAAAUUCAAAUGGCCGUUACUUUUUUCAAGAUUCUACGAAGCUUACCGAAACUCGGGGCCUAAUUUGCCCAAAAACGAUGUUAUUAUAGCAGUGAACUGGACUGGGGUGUAUGUAGUAGAUGAUCAAGAGCAAGUGUUACUAGAGUUGUCCUUUCCGGAGAUCACGACCGUCUCAAGUCAAAAGACCAAUAAAGUGUUCACACAAACCUUUAGUCUAUCAACCGUGCGCGGUGAGGAGUUCACAUUCCAGAGUCCGAAUGCAGAAGACAUUAGGGACUUGGUCGUAUACUUUUUAGAAGGCCUGAAAAAGAGAUCGAAAUAUGUGAUAGCGUUGCAAGAUUACAAAGCGCCCGGAGAAGGUUCAAGCUUUUUAACUUUCCAAAAAGGAGAUCUGAUAAUAUUAGAAGAGGAUAGUACGGGUGAGUCGGUACUUAAUAAUGGUUGGUGCAUAGGUAGAUGCGAAAGGACUAUGGAGAGAGGAGACUUUCCAGCUGAAACAGUGUAUGUGUUGCCGGCACUAACUAAGCCGCCUCCCGACAUACUCUUGCUAUUUUGCCAAGAAGGGGCACAACACGGUCGCAGAGUUCCAACUAGUACAUUUAAUGGCACCGAGACGAGAGAUAAACCACAUACGCUGUUGGAAUAUGCUUUGGAUCACUUCAGAUUGCCACCAAAACGGACCGUGUCGAAAGCCUUAACACUUUCAACAGCGAAAAGAGGAGGAACAGAAGAACUAUGGAGACAUUCCCGUGAACCCAUUAAAUUACCUUUAUUGAAAAAACUACAAGCGAAAGAAGAAUUGGCAGAGGAGGCUUGCUUUGCUUUUACGGCUAUGUUAAAAUAUAUGGGUGAUCUGCCUUCAAAGCGUCCUCGUAUUGGCAACGAAUACACAGAUCAUAUUUUCGAUGGCCCGUUAAAACAUGAAAUAUUGAGAGAUGAGAUAUAUUGCCAAGUAAUGAAACAGUUAACAGACAAUAGGAAUAGAAUGUCGGAGGAAAGAGGAUGGGAGCUGAUGUGGUUGGCGACGGGACUCUUCGCUUGCAGUCAAGGGUUGCUGCGAGAGUUAACACUGUUCCUAAGAACUAGAAGAUAUCCUAUAGCCCAAGAUUCUCUCCAAAGACUGCAAAAGACGUUGCGUAACGGCCAAAGGAAGUAUCCACCGCACCAGGUGGAAGUUGAAGCCAUCCAGCACAAGACGACUCAGAUAUUCCAUAAAGUAUACUUCCCAGACGACACGGACGAAGCUUUCGAAGUGGACUCCUCGACAAGAGCCAAAGACUUUUGUCAAAAUAUAGCACAGAGGCUGAAUCUCAGGUCCAGUGAAGGUUUUAGUUUGUUCGUUAAGAUAGCUGAUAAGGUUAUAUCGGUGCCUGAAGGUGACUUCUUUUUUGACUUCGUGCGACAUCUGACUGACUGGAUCAAGAAGGCACGACCCACUCGUGAUGGGAUAACACCACAAUUCACUUAUCAGGUGUUCUUCAUGAAGAAGUUGUGGACGAACACGGUGCCGGGCAAGGACCGCGCGGCGGACGUGAUUUUCCACUUCCACCAGGAGCUGCCGAAGCUGCUGCGCGGCUACCACCGCUGCGGGCGCGAGGAGGCCGCGCGCCUCGCCGCCCUCGCCUACCGCGCGCGCUUCGGCGACAACAAGCAGGAGCUGCAGGCCAUACCGCAAAUGCUCCGCGAAUUGGUCCCGGCGGAUCUAAUAAAAUUGCAAAGCUCCGCGGACUGGAAGCGCGCUAUCGUGGCGUCGUACAACCAGGACGCGGGCAUGACGCCAGAGGACGCCAAGAUAACCUUCCUAAAGGUCAUCUACCGGUGGCCCACAUUCGGCUCCGCGUUCUUCGAGGUGAAGCAGACCACGGAGCCCAACUACCCCGAACUCUUGCUCAUCGCUAUUAAUAAGCAUGGUGUUAGUUUGAUCCAUCCGCAAUCGAAGGACAUACUGGUAACUCAUCCUUUCACCAGAAUCUCGAACUGGUCGUCCGGGAACACGUACUUCCACAUGACGAUCGGCAACCUCGUGCGCGGCUCCAAGCUGCUCUGCGAGACGUCUCUGGGCUACAAGAUGGACGACCUGCUCACCUCCUACAUCUCCCUGAUGCUCACCAACAUGAACAAACAGAGGUCCAUGCGAGUCAAAUAAUCGGGACUGCUUAGAAUUUAUGGGAUUUAUUUAUAAGUGUAUAUUAUGUCGAAUACAGUCGCUUAGCAUUCCGCUUCUACAGUGUUCUUUUAGAAUAUUUCAUACAAUUAUACAAGGUUUCUAAUUUCAAUUUGCUAAGAGCAUUGCUAUAUUUUGUCAUAAUUUUUGACAAAUUUAGAGAAAAAAAA